AUGAACUUCUACGAACCCUCCAACAAGAUGUACACCUACGCCAAACCCAUCGGCAUCCUCCCCAAGAUCUUCUGGGCAGUCACUAUCGGGACCGUGGGGUACGCGAUCGCCGAUCGGUACGUCGUCGGACAGGAAGAGAAGACGAAGUGGAGACGAGCUGUUAUGGCCAGGGUCUCGGCUGUGGAUAGCGUUCGGGACAACAUCUUCUCGGGGAGGCUGAUCGACCGAGCUUCUUCGAGCAGGCUUUGUAGCCUCGUGCAACAUAGGAUGAGGAGGUGGGGCAAGAGAGGGAGGAUCGUGGGCGCCUAG